AUGCGACAUCAGGUGAUUUAUUUUGAAAUCAUAAACAUAACGAUGCCAUGUUCUCCAACCCCAUGUAUAUAUUAGCCCCGCAAAAAGGUUGCAAUCCCGCUCCGCUAGACUCGGCCAACGGCCGAGGUUUUACGCCUUACGGAAAAUGAAAAACAACACACAAAAAUGAUAGCCGAAGGUUUUCAAAUGGCCGAAGUUUUACACAGCAGCGGAGACCUGAGUCCAGUGGAGCGGGAUUUCCACCUUUUUGCGACCCUAAUGCAUUCGCCGAAGUGUGUGACUUGACCCAUUUCUGAACGGCGGGUCUCGCACGGAGCCAAAGUUCUGCGCUUUUAAAUUUCACAAAUUUCACAAACAUUACGGCUUGCAUACUAUUUUCUUUUCAUUUAUUAUUAAAAAUCCGUCUGAAACGGCUUUUUCGUUAGAGAAAUGGAGAAAAUGUUAACCUACCGUGUUCUCGGCACACGGGGUGUCCAUCACGACAUCGCUGCAUUUGCUCUACAUUGCGAAAAGGCGAAGUACCAGCCUACUUUUUUUCUUAUAAGAAAACAAUUUUAAUUUCUGUAUCGCCGCAACGGUUUUUGAAUCGCUACGCAGCGGUUUACGGUACAACCUAGUUAUUAUAGGGGCAAAAAUAGCCCCUAGGGGCACCGGACAGAAAGGGCGCGCUGUUCGCAACCUGGCCGAAUUUCUAGACCGCGAAGUAAUUUUCCCUUGAAAACGUGGCCUAACUUUUCAACCUCGGCUUUGAGGUCGCUCAAUUUGCACGGCAAAAAGAGUUUCUCAACAGAGCGCCAUUUCUGUGCGGUGCCCUUAUAAUAUCUAACGCGCUUGACGGUACUUCAAAAUUUUGUCGCCGCCGUCGCGCUCGACCCCCGUGUUGCAAAUUUAAAGGCGCUUAACUCCACUGCGCGGAAAGUUUGCUUUGUGCGAGACACUUUCCAAAAGUGGUUGGGUUCUCCAAAAUUGAAAAAUCCCAAUAUCAGAGUCCAGAAUUAUUGACUCCAUCUCUUGCAAGCGUUUUUUGCUCGACAGGCACCGGUACUCCAACAACAUUGGCCUUCUUCAAAUAGUUACAUAAUCAGUCCGCAGCAACUUCCGCAACCUUCCAAACAUUCGUUCACUAAUAACGAAAUCCUUACUGCUGCCUCAACGAACACGGUUUCGAUCUGAUAAGUUCUCUUCGAAGCUUUAAACUUCAGAAUUACAACGAAUUCGAGAAAGAGCUGAAUAAACUGAAACCAGGAGAUCCGGAGCCGCGCGAAAUUGAUAACAAACUGGACUUGCGCGGUCUGAACAGUACGACGACAACGCCAGCACAGUCAAUCACGUACAUCAGAGAAUCUUCUUCUGGCGGAUAUUCGCCAGACGCUUUUUGGUCCGGCCCACUACCGUAUCGGCCCGCCCCGUUCACUAUUUCAUCCGCCAACUGUCCACCCUAUUCGGUUUCUUUUCCAAUUGCCUAUCGAGGAGCCGGAAAUCAGUUUUUGGACUCGUAUGCGACUGCUCUUCCACAACAGAAACCGCUCAAACUCACUCCAUCUAUUAACGAUUGUUGUGGCAAAUGUGGAGCUCCGUGUAAAUUUCACUCGAAGAGAAAUGUGAGAUAAGACUACUAUCGGUGGCAUUUUUCUGCAAUCGCGCUUCGUUUCGAAGCGGUGGCCGACAUUUUUCUAAAAACUCGGCCUGAGAUUAUUGCAGUUUUACAAUAGAGCGCGAUAGCAGUAAAACAGUAAAGGUCUACUCUCAAUUUUCAGGUCAUAGCACUAGCUGCUAAACUUUUCGAAACUCAAUUUGUGCCCCGCCGAGAAAAAGAUUUUGAGGAUGAGCCAAAAGACCCAAAAUGCAAUAAUGAGAAGCUGAAAGAUCUUAUGAGCAAAGUACGGUGCAGUACUCUUUUGUCUAUUUCUUUUAUUUUUUCGCUCUCAUUUUCAGUACAUCACGCGAACUAUCUCACUUUCGAAGAGGCUUAUUCAAAAGAAUGCUGA